CACUUCCCCUCCUCCUGGAGUAUGGCCCAAACAAGGCAUCAAGAAACUGCCUUGACUAAACCGUCCCCUAGUCAGCAACGGCACACAGCGCCACAGGCAUGGUGAACCAGCCAGCGAUCUCCUUUUUAGCCUCCUAGGAGGGAGUCUGUGCCACCCACUGGGCAAUGCAUCCAGCCAUCUUCUCUAAUGAGAUUUCUGACCAGACACCCAAACAGGACAAGAGUCCCCCGGAGAGGAAGCAGUCUGGGCUGAAGUCUGAUUGCAUCAGGGGCCUGGGCGUGGGUCAACCUCUUGGUCUAUCUCUGGCGCCCCCUGCUGGGGGAAAGCUGGAUGCAAGGAAACAAGACUGGGUACCCGGCUACAAUUGCAGCUCUCAAACAGGGGCAUCAAGGCUUGGGAAGAAUUCUCUAGACAAAGCAAGGAUUUGGAGGGACAAGGACCAUCCAGUCAUCUGUGAAGUUCCAGCUGUGGGACUUCCAGGACCAUUUUAAAAAGGCAGCCUCCCUGUUCCGCACUCCAACGAAGCCGGUGAAAGUCUCUCUGCCAGGAGUAGGCAAAGGGUGAGGAGGAGGACCAAGACACCUUGGUCACGUCCUCUGUGCCAGGGUCACCUCCAGCCUGCCCCCCCCCCCGCCCCUCAGGGCCAUCUCUUGGCUUCCCAGGGGUCAGGGAGCUUUUACAGAGCAAAGAGAGCAGAAGGAAAGAGCUAAUCACAGCUGAGGGUUCAGCUGUGCCGCCAGCCCCUGGGCCUCAUCCCAUGUCAACGAUGAGGCAAGUGUGAAAAAUGGAGCGUAAUAGAGACGUCACAAGAUCUCCCAGGCCCUCGACUGAGAACCGCCUUGCUGUCCACCCAGCUGGAAUUGCCAGUGGCUGAUGAAGCGUGCUCAUCCGGCUCACUGCUCUCCAUAAGAGACAUACAUCUCCCUGGGGUCCUGCGUGUGCAUGCAUGUGUGCGGUGUGUGUGUUUGUGUGUUUGUGCGAAGACAGCUUUGCAAGCUGUGAGGCACCCUGGCUUUGGGGGCCCAAACUAGCCAGCUUUCCCUUCUGGAUCUGCUGGCCUAAUUCCCAGCUGCAGCUGCCACCUUGGGUCCCCCUCCCCAAGGCAAUCUCCCUGCAUAUUUGGCAGCAUGGGAAGGAGGGGCUGAGGGAAGUGGAGAGAAGCAGAGAAGGCUCUAAUGCUCUAAUCUGAUGUUGAUGAUCCGAAAGGCUUCCCAGUGCCCAUGCCCUCUGCCAUCGACUCUCCAGGGGAUUUUUUUCCGGUGCCAUGCACUCUUCCCUUCUGCCUUUGUCUCCUUAAGAAAGUUAAACCUAGACACACAAACACACAUACAAACCACCAGGAAAAAAAAAAAAAUCAGCCGGAGCAGGCAGACGAGCACGCGCGCACGGGCUCAGCUCUGUCCUGGAGGAAGAUCGGCACAGGCAGAGAGACUGCUGGGGUUGGCAGUGACUCAGACUGAGGUCUCCUGGUCCCCCAGGAGCCUCCUUCAUGGACCCAGAGAUCACCCGAGGGGCUGCAUUAGUGUAGCAUGGGCAACUGUGUCAAGUCGCCAUUAAGAAACCUCUCGAGAAAGGACAGAUCAUUACGACCAGAGGAGAUUGAAGAGCUCCGAGAGGCCUUCCGAGAAUUCGACAAGGACAAAGAUGGCUACAUCAACUGCCGGGACCUGGGAAACUGCAUGCGCACCAUGGGCUAUAUGCCUACAGAGAUGGAACUCAUUGAGCUGUCCCAGCAGAUCAACAUGAACUUGGGUGGCCAUGUGGAUUUUGAUGACUUUGUGGAACUAAUGGGACCUAAACUCCUGGCGGAGACAGCAGAUAUGAUUGGUGUAAAGGAACUGAGAGAUGCCUUUCGGGAGUUUGACACCAAUGGUGACGGAGAGAUAAGCACCAGUGAGCUUCGAGAGGCCAUGAGGAAGCUACUGGGUCAUCAGGUGGGACACCGAGACAUAGAGGAAAUUAUCCGAGAUGUGGACCUCAAUGGAGAUGGACGAGUGGACUUUGAAGAGUUCGUCCGGAUGAUGUCCCGCUGAGGCCGCCAGAGCUUCUUCAGGACUGCCAACUCCCACGGGCGGGGAGAAGAGCCGAGCUCGCCUCACCCCGCCGCAGUAGCUGCCGAGAGCCCAGGAUGUACUGGCGGAUGGGGCCUGCCUGCACCCCGGGGAGGUGCCCACCCCGGACCCCCACCCCUUCGCACUGUGAAAGACUCACAACUCCUGCAACUGGAAAAGGGGGGCGCCCGCCGGCGAGGAGGCCACAGUGAGAAGCCAGUAGAGGACAUGCAAGGCGCCAAGUGCCAUGUGCCCAGCCACUGCUGGCUGGGUGGGCCAGGGAGCCCGCCAGCAGACCCCACACAGCAUGUCUGCCCCAGGGCAGAGCCUUCCAGCGCACUCCUGAGCUCUAUGCCCGUCCCAGCUCGCCUAGCCCUUUGA